UGUGCUAAAUGGCUAAAUACCCUCGAUAACGGUAAAGCCUACCUUACCUGAUCCUUCCCAUCCAGGCAUUGGGCAUAGAUGACUUCUCAUCAACGAACUUCAGAUUUUCCGCAGAGACGAAGAAGUAGAUUGCGGCCGAGCAGAGAAAAGAGAAAAACGGUGCUCAUUUCGCAGUACUUUUGUUGUUUCGUAUAAUUUGUGAGAAGCAGAGAAACCGGAAGAUAAACAUGUUCAAAGUCUGGGACUCUCGCAAUUAUUACUUCCACAGUAUGUCGUUCGGAGGGUCAUUGAACGAACUUUGGCGGGAAAACGGGCAUGGUGGGUGGGCCACUGUUUUUGCUUUGAUUGUGAUAUUGGUUUGGCACUGUUACAAGAGGUUCCCCUUUAUAUUCUCGAGUUCCAAUCUGACUCCGUCUGAUUCUGGCGCUAGGAUUCAUCCGCAAUUAAAGUUAUUUAGAUGUGAUUGUAUUCUGACAUGGAAGUCUGUCUACUCCUGCAGAAUGUCAGAGAUUGUGUCAGAUGCUGAUUUAAAGUUCCUAAUUGAAAAUUUGGAUGAGAAGCACCACGAUAAUGAGAAGUGGGAACAUGUCAUAGACAAAAGAAAUACUGUCCUAUUCUACAAUGCUAAAUGUUGCAAGCCUAAGGAUGGUCCCCUGAAGUACUUGAGUGAGACAGUAUUUGAGAACUGUUCUCCCGAGAUGUUAAGAGACUUCUACAUGGACAAUGAUUACAGAAAGAAGUGGGACAAGACCCUGGUUGAGCAUGAGCAGCUGCAGGUGGAUCAAACUAAUGGGGUUGAAAUCGGUCGCACUAUAAAAAAGUUUCCACUCUUAACACCUAGGGAAUACAUAUUAGCUUGGAGAUUAUGGGAGGGGAAAGAUAGAACUUUCUACUGUUUUAUUAAGGAAUGUGAACAUUCUUCCACACCACGACAGAAGAAGUAUGUACGUGUUCGAUAUUUCAGAUCAGGUUGGCGAAUCAGGGAAGUACCUGGUAGAAAUGCUUGUGAGAUCAAAAUGUUUCACCAAGAAGAUGCCGGUUUGAAUGUCAAGAUGGCUAAGCUGGCCUUUGCCAAGGGGAUAUGGAGUUACGUGUGUAAUAUGGAUAAUGCACUGCUCAAAUACUCUGCUGUCAGCCAUCCUCAUUCUGCUGUCACUGCAGUCACUCUAAUUCAGAAGGUUCCACCAGCAUUAGAUACCAUGGAAGGUAGUACCUCUUCAGCAACUGCUUUUCUUAGACAAAUUACCAAUGAACCUAAAGAGAAGAAGUUCAUAAGAAGACCAUCAAGAAAGUUUCUAGCAAAUGGUUUGCUUUUUGUUGGAGGUGCAAUCUGCCUGUCUCGUGGUCACAAUAGCCUGGGUGCUAAAGUUGCCAUGGCAUACAUCUUGGCAAAGCUAAGUAAGCGUGGGACCGCAUCAGACCAAAGCAGGGAAAGUUGAGUCUGCCUUUACCUCUGCAUGGACGAGGGCAUAAAGAAGGGCAAAAGACAAAGGGAGCGGGUGGGGUUGUAAAAUGAUUUUGUUUUGUUAUUUUUCCUAUGUUAUGUUUUCAAGUUUUGUAAAUAAACUCAAUACUUUCAUGUUACAUACCAUCUACAACGUUUUGUAAAUCUUGAUGUGUACAAAAUAAGAAACUGAUCUAGUCAAUGGAACAUUAUAGAACUCAAUUUUUAUCAA